AUGCAGAAAUCAACAGAACUUUCUGAUUUUGAACGUGGAAGGAUUAUUGAUAGAACACAAACUCUCUUUGAUGUCACUGACCAGUUUAAUGAAACGGCUAAUUUAUCUGUGAGUUCUUCAACUGUGCAUAGAUAUCUUCAUGAAUUAGGUUAUUAUGGUCAUGCU